AUGGCCGUAUUCACACCCCCACCAGAUACCAACAGCGCUCCCGACCACCCUCAAUCGCAAGACAUCCACGACAAAGAUGAUAAUGACGUUAAGAAAUUCUACAUAAGGCCAAGCUUGGGUCUGAAACUAUGGGGGCCUCUCGUGCCCGCUCCCGAUAAUCUAUCGGGACUAUACACUUUGAUCAGCAUCCAAUCCGCAGUCGGCCUCUUUGCCCUCUUCAGACUGAGAAGACUCUACAGACUACCGCCACCGCGUCGCAUCGCCACUCAUGCUCAUUCAGAUUUAUCCUUUGGCGAACUGCCCAGCGAAAUGAUCGUCAACGGCAAGACCAAAAUAAGAAAGGACAUCGCGGACUUCCCCACGUUGAACCGUUUUUCUACCACGCACGGCGACAUCGUACUCGCUCCUCCCCCCAUCAUACCUCGCCAGUCUCGGUUCAUCAGCAUGAGGAAACUCUUUUGGGGGUUGUUUGGCUCACUUUUGCUCUCCCAAUCACUGCUGGAAGUCACACGCCUGAACUUACUCAAAUAUGACCCCUGGUACGACGAAAUGAAAUCCGUGCGUGACAAGAAAUUCUUCAACAAUAUCGUCAAAUACUACCACGAGGGCAUAGACCCCACUAAGAUAAAAGUCAAAGAUGCCAUGAACGGCACGCCGCUCUCGACAAACAUCCCCGAAGUCAAGCAAAGCGUCGCUCUCGCUAGAGCCCAGGUCGAGGCGCAAAACCCCAUCAUCAAGUGGUUCGGACCCUUGGAAUACAAGCCAAUGCCCUUCAACGAGUAUCUCAAUCGCAUGGAGUUCCACUUGGACAUGUUUGAGUUCUUUCAAAACAAAAGAAACAUCAGAGAAAAUUCCAUUGAGCUCAUAAAUUCCAUAUCCCAUCGUCCACAAUCCUCCACGGGCUUGGAAGACCUUUCCGAAUCCAAGAAACUACACCUACAAAAUGUCGAAAAGAGACUGCAUUUCCUAGAAACCUCGAGUGACUCCAUUGCGACACCAGCGAAAAGAAGAUCUAACGCCGUGCUCUCUCGGGGCGUUGUCUUGCCCCACGACACAACCGCUGCUCAGGAUAUAGACCUCGAUACAAUGAGAUCUCUAUACGAUCCGUGGAUGACUUUGGCCUUGGAGACCUCCCUGAGCAUAAAAUUCAUACCCACUACCAUGCCCUCUCAUACUACGACUCCUAACAGUACAGACCCGCCCGUACCUGGACCUACCCCCAAGGCUCUCACUCACGAAAAGACACAUUGA